AACAUCCUUGUCUAUAAACUUUGAUGGAGAAUUACACACCGGGCUGGAAAAAUGCCUGUUAUGAAAGGAUUACUGGCACCCCAGAACACCUUCCUAGAUACCAUAGCCACUAGAUUCGACGGAACUCACAGUAACUUCAUCCUUGCAAAUGCUCAGGUGGCCAAGGGAUUCCCCAUAGUUUACUGUUCAGAUGGCUUCUGCGAACUUGCUGGAUUUGCACGAACAGAAGUCAUGCAGAAAAGUUGCAGCUGUAAAUUUUUAUUUGGUGCUGAAACAAAUGAACAGACAACACUUGAAAUUGAAAUGUCACUAGAGGAAAAGAAUGAAUUCAAGGGGGAAAUAAUGUUUUACAAGAAAAAUGGUACAUCAUUCUGGUGCCUACUGGACAUUGUUCCCAUAAAGAAUGAGAAAGGAGAUGUGGUUCUAUUUUUGUCCUCAUUUAAGGAUAUUACUGACACAAAAGUCAAGAUUGCCCAAGAGGAUAAAAAAGAUGAAAAAUACAAAGGGAGAGGGAAAGCAGGGUCACAUUUUGAUGCUGCAAGGAGACGAAGUCGAGCUGUCCUUUAUCAAAUCUCUGGUCAUCUGCAAAGAAGAGAAAAGAAUAAAUUAAAGCUCAAUAAUAAUGUUUUUGUAGAUAAACCAGCAUUUCCCGAAUAUAAAGUUUCAGAUGCAAAAAAAUCGAAAUUCAUAAUUUUACAUUUUAGCACUUUCAAAGCAGCCUGGGACUGGCUUAUAUUAUUAGCAACGUUUUAUGUUGCUGUUACCGUACCUUACAAUGUUUCCUUUGUGGACAAUGAUGAUCUGUCAUCAACAAGAAGCACAACUGUCAGUGAUAUAUCAGUGGAAAUUCUUUUUAUUAUAGAUAUUAUUUUAAAUUUCCGAACAACCUAUGUCAGCAAGUCUGGCCAAGUUAUAUUUAAAGCAAGAUCUAUUUGUAUCCACUAUGUAACAACUUGGUUCGUCAUUGACUUAAUUGCUGCUCUUCCCUUUGAUCUUCUUUAUGCAUUUAAUGUCACUGUGGUUUCCCUUGUUCAUCUUCUAAAAACCAUUCGAUUGUUACGUCUCUUACGUCUUCUUCAGAAGCUGGAUCGUUACUCCCAGCAUAGUACUAUAGUGCUUACUUUGCUCAUGUCAAUGUUUGCCCUGUUGGCUCAUUGGAUGGCUUGCAUCUGGUAUGUCAUCGGAAGAAUGGAAAUGGAAGAAAAUAAUCCUCUUACUUGGGAUAUAGGCUGGCUUCAUGAGCUGGGAAAACGACUAGAAUCUCCAUUUUAUAGCAAUAAUACCCAAGGUGGCCCCACCAUCAGAAGUACAUAUAUUGCUUCACUGUAUUUUACACUCAGCAGCCUAACUAGUGUUGGAUUUGGAAAUGUUUCCGCCAACACCGACGCUGAAAAGAUUUUCUCAAUUUGUAUCAUGCUGAUCGGAGCCUUGAUGCAUGCCUUGGUGUUUGGUAACGUCACUGCUAUAAUCCAACGACUGUAUAAUAGAUGGUCGCUUUAUCACACAAGAACUAAGGAUCUGAAAGAUUUUAUACGGGUACAUCAUCUACCACAGCAGCUCAAGCAAAGAAUGCUUGAAUAUUUCCAAACCAACUGGUCUGUCAAUAAUGGUAUAGAUUCUCACGAGCUUUUGAAAGAUUUUCCAGAUGAGCUGCGUUCAGACAUUACCAUGUACUUGAACAAGGAGAUUCUACAACUAUCCCUUUUUGAGAGUGCAAGUCGUGGAUGUCUCAGGUCUUUGUCUCUGCAUAUUAAAACCUCUUUCUGUGCUCCUGGAGAGUACCUUCUACGGCAGGGAGAUGCAUUACAGGCAAUUUAUUUGGUAUGUUCAGGAUCCAUGGAAGUGUUAAAGGAUGGAAUGGUCCUGGCUAUUUUAGGCAAAGGAGACCUAAUUGGAGCAAAUUUAUCAAUUAAAGAUCAAGUGAUCAAAACAAAUGCAGACGUUAAAGCUCUCACUUACUGCGACCUCCAAUGUAUUAUCCUUAAAGGUCUUUAUGAAGUUUUGGACUUUUAUCCAGAAUAUGCACACAAGUUUGUAGAUGACAUACAACAGGAUCUUACAUACAAUCUCAGAGAAGGCCAUGAAAGUGAUAGAAUGUCAAGACUCUCAUGCAAAUCUACUUUGUCACAGACAGAAUCCAGGGGGAAUGGCAGCAUUAAUAAAAGGCUCUCCUCAAUUGUUGAAGAUGAAGAAGAUGAUACCGGAGAGGAGGAGCCUUCAUCCCCCUCUCCAAUUCGUACCAGGAAUACCACUUCUAAAUUCAAGAAAUCUGGCAACAGCAAUAGUUCUCUGGGGAUUAACUUGAAGCCUUUCUCAGGGACUACUCCAUUUAAAUCCCCUAUAAAAUCUAGUAAUGCUUCAAAAGGAAGGUCGGACAAUGAAUCCAACCUUAACAUUAGGAAACGAGAGAAGAACCUAAUGCUUCACCUGCCAACAGUCACAAGUCUUGGACCUCCUGAUCUAAGCCCCAGAGUUGUUGAUGGAAUUGAAGAUUGCAAUGGCAAUGACGAAGGUCAAGCUUUUGAUUUUGAAGCUUAUCAAAUGAGACAGGAAGCACGAUUAAAUCAAACAAUGAGAGAAGUUUCUGAUUUCAAUCCGGCAAUGCUUUUUAUUACUGCUGAAGAAACCAAACAACAGAUAACAAGACUGAACCAUGAGGUCAGUACGUUAACCCAUGAAGUUUCCCAGCUGGGGAAAGAUAUGAGGACUGUUAUGAAUAUUUUAGAGAAUUUGUUGGUGGCACAGAGGCCAUUAGGCUUCUAUUCAACGUAUGGAACGGUACUGGAUGCAAUGGGAACUACCAUAGGCUCUCCAAUGGACCAGUUACAAACUAGAAUGACAUGGACAACUAAUGACCCUUGCAUGCAAAGGCAAGGUGAGACUUUGGUUGGCUCCCCAACACAACUUUGUCAAGGUACUGUUGUGUCUGAUCUUUGGAAUAUGGAUCCAUCUUCAGUAGGAAGCAGUCCACAAAGGAAUUUAUCGAAUGAACAAAAUUCCUUAGAAGCUGAAUAUUAUUAUGCUUCAGGUCUUGGGUACUCUCCCUCGCAUUACCAAGUUAUUCAGGCAGAACAUUUUCCAUUUCUUAAGUGCACAUCACCCCAUUCAGACACAACCUUAACUCCCCUUCAGUCUAUUUCGGCAACUCUUUCUCCUUCUAUGUGCUCAUCCUCUGGGACUUCAUUGCAACUUGUCCUGCCUAGUCAAUCUGAGGAGGGCUUCAGCCAAGGAGCAAUUAGUUCACUAAGCCUGGAAAAUCUGCCUGGUUCUUGGGACAUGGAAGGGACAACAGCAAUUUCUGGGCAAUCAGCAGCAGAUUUUUCCCAUGACGUUGUGGCAAGUACAUUAGAUUAUAAAGAUGACAAAGCCAUAAAUGUAUAAUGGUAACAUUCUAAGUACACAUUUUUAAAUGGAAGGAGUGGGCAUGAGGCAGCAGUGGCUCUUGAAAAUUUCUGUCAUGAAAAAUACCGAAAGAGGACGUAUGGACAAAAAGAAAGCAUUUUACCAUAUAUCUAGAAGCAUAGUGGGUGCGUUUUGUUACUUAUGUAAGCUAUUGGUCUGUGUUUCAGACUUUUGUUACAGAUUGAAGGCCCUAAGGGUCAGAACAGCUGGGAGCCAUACACAAAAGAACACAUGACCAGAUAUGUCAUAGGGAGCUAUUAUAUCUCAAAGCAAAAGCUCUUUACUGAGUGCCUGAUUGUCAUUUGCAAACAAUAUACUGUCAAUGCUUGCUUCAGGUGACCAUAACACCUGCUGGUCUGUUUGUCAGUGUGGACAAGACAUAGGGACAAUUAUCGCUGCAUGUCAUCUCCUAGACAAUCAACCAAAUAGAACUGGUAGAUGGUGGUUUAGUUGUUGCACGUUAUUUGUCAUUUUAAGGAAAUCUCUUAAUUUAUUUAUCAAAAAAAAAUGCUAUUUUUAUAUUCUUGGUAUGAAAUAUGUAUUUAAACAAUUUAAAAUAUUUAUAACUGUGUUUUUUGGUAAGAGCUUGCAUUAAGAAGUGCACAAUUCUUAUGCAUUUUGAAUUACAUUUUUGUAUUACUAAAAAAUGUUGUAUGAAAUAAAAUAAUCUCCCCUUUGCAUGCAAGUUGGAUAAUUGUAUGCAACUGACACAAUAAAACAUUAAUCAAA